AUGGAAAGGAUUAUUAAUUGGAAUGUGAGGGGGAUCAACACCCAGAGGAAGCAAAAUGAGGUGAAAGCUUUUGUUCAAUCUCAUGGAGCUGGGUUAGUUGGUCUCCUUGAGACAAAGGUGCCCUAUGCUAAGAUGGGGGCCUUGUAUGUUAACAUGUUCAAUGGUUGGUGCUUUACUACCAACAGUUGUAAAAGUAAAGGGGGUAGGAUUGUGUUGGCAUGGAACCCAAAUGCCUUCAGUCUUAGUGUGUUGAUGGUCAGUAGUCAAUUGAUUCAUUGUUUGGUUUGUCAAAAGAGUGGUGAUGUGGAGUUUUGCUGCACUUUUGUCUAUGCCUUCAAUCAUAGCAGAGAGAAAGAGGAUAUGUGGAGGGACUUGAGUGGUCUUGGCAAUGGUAUAUCCAAGCCUUGGUUGGUGUUAGGUGAUUUCAACUGUGUUCUGAAUGUGGAUGAAAGAGUUGGUGCCCCUGUGAGGUACCAAUCAAUGGUUGACUUCAGAAACUGUGUCAAUAUACGUGGCUUAGAGGAUGUUAAAGCUGUUGGUCACUUCUACACUUGGAAUAACAAGCAAGCAGGAGAUGCUAGGGUGUUUUCUAAAAUUGAUAGGAUUCUGGCAAAUGACCUAUGGUUUCAGAAUUACCCUAAUGCAGAAGCUGGUUUCUUGUCUAAGGGUGAGUAUGAUCACUGUCCUGUUGUGCUUGCUGUUUAUCCUAUUGAUAACAUUGCAAAGAAGCCAUUUAGAUACUUUGCUAUGUGGAAACAUGCUGAAGGUUACACUGAUCUGGUGAAGAUUAACUGGUCAAAGGGGGUUGUUGGCACCAGGAUGUACCAGGUGGUCCAGAAGCUUAAAAGAAUGAAAGGAGUGUUUAGGGAACUAAAUAAUACAGGGUUCAAUGAUAUUCAUGUUGCUGAUCUAAAAGCUAAACAUGAUUUGGAAAUAUGCCAGAAGGAGCUCCACUCUAACCCCAGUGAUAGUGAGCUUGCUGAUAGAGAGGUGGAAGCUGCAAAAAAGUAUAAAAUCAUGCAUUCUGCUUUCAUGUCUUUUUUAAAACAGAAAGCAAAGGAAGCUUGGGCUAAGGAUGGUGAUGAAAAUAGUUCUCUAUUCCACAAAAGCAUCAGGGCUAGAACCAUUCACAACGUUGUUCAUGCCAUACAUGAUAUGAAUGGUAAUUGGGUGUGUGAUCCCAAGUCUGUGUCUAAUGCCUUUUUGGAGUACUAUCAGAAACUUUUGGGUACCAAAGAUGUUAGUAGAAGCACUGUCAUGCCUGAAAUUGCUGCUUUAGGGAAGUAUGUAUGGGCAAUAGCUAGGAAGCAAGACACAAUGUGGGUUAGAUGGGUGAAUGCCAUCUACAUUAAGGCUACUGAUUGGUGGGAGUAUCAGCCAAAAGCUGAUAGUGGAUGGUACUGGAGGAAGAUCUGUAGUGUUAAGGAGGAUCUGAAGAUGUUGUUCACUGAGAAUGAGUUGGCUCAAAUGCCUAAAUACUCUAUUCAUAAAGUUUACCAGAAGCUGAUCCAGCAUGAUGACAAGGUCCCUUGGGGGUCUGCAGUGUUGAAUAGAGCUUCUAUUCCUAAAACUAGAGUGAUUUGUUGGCUGUUGGUGUAA